GGUGAGCGGCACAGCCCGGACUUCUCCCUGCCCUCCCUUCUCGAGAGCCCGCCGCGGCUGCACCAGGCGGGACCUGGGCAGAGAUGCUCCUGCCCUCCCCGGCGUCCUCAGUCGGGGCCACCUGCUUGCUGGGGAAGAGGACACACAGAGGAGCAGCUGGCACACCCGGAGCCCUCCAACCUUGACCCAAGCAUGCAGGCCCCACCCUGCAACCUCCCCGCUGGGCUCAGCCUGGACGACUUCAUCCCCAGCAAUCUCCGGGCCCACGGAGGGUCCUCCUCCCGGGGGGCACGGGUGCCUGUGAUCCGGAAUGGUGGUUCCAACACCCUUAAUUUCCAGUUUCAUGACCCUGCGCCCAGGACCGUGUGCAAUGGGCACGUCCCCCAGAGGAGAGAUGUUUCCCGGCACCCAGAUCCUGCUUGGUAUCAGACCUGGCCCAGCCCUGGGAGCCGGCCCUCGGGGAGCCAGAAGACCCCUGCCUCCCAGCAUCCCCAGAACUGGUCAGCCACGUGGACCAAGGACAGCAAGCGUCGGGACAAGCACUGGGUCAAGUAUGAGGGAAUCGGGCCGGUGGACGAGAGCGGCAUGCCUAUCGCUCCCCGAUCUAGUGUUGAUAGCCCCAGGGACUGGUACCGGAGAAUGUUCCAGCAGAUUCACCGGAAAAUGCCAGACCUGCAGCUGGACUGGACCUUUGAGGAAUCACCCAAAGUGGCUUCCUCCUGUGCCGCCUCUACAGACUCAAGGCAUCCAGGGCCCCAGCAAAGACCAGCUGCCAGGCCAGGCCAGGCCUCUUCUCUGAGUGGAAGAAGCUGGGACCCCUCCGAAGAGUUUCCUAGAAGCACUUUCAACUCUAAUCCUGGAGCAGCCUCCCUACACCAGACACCAAAUCAGGUGCUCAGAUGCCAAGAAAGAGCAGACAAUGUCUGGACGGAAGAUUCUUGGAACCAGUUUCUGCAAGAACUAGAGACUGGACAGAAGCCCAAGAAACCGCUAGUGGAUGACCCUGUUGAGAAGCCCUCCCAGCGCAUUGAGGUCUUGCUGGAGAGAGAACUGGCCAAGCUGAGCGCGGAGCUGGACAAGGACCUGCGGGCAAUUGAGACCCGGCAACCGUCCCCCAAGAGCUCCCAAGUGCCCCGACGGUCCCGGGAGCCGCGGCCCUCCGCGCGCCCGGCCCCCGCCUGGAGCUCCAGUUCCCCGAAUGCACUUUACCUGGGUUCCUCUCGGCCCCUGAGCCCCCACAGGAUGGCGGAUGGAGCAAGCCCCUUCCUAGGUCGUAGGGACUUUGUCUACCCUUCCUCCGCCCGAGACCCUAGUGCCUCUGAAAGAGGGGGCAGCCCAGCCAGGAAGGAAGAGAAGAAGAGGAAGGCUGCCAGACUCAAGUUUGACUUCCAGGCACAAUCCCCUAAGGAGCUGACCCUGAAGAAGGGUGAUAUUGUCUACAUCCACAAGGAGGUGGACAAGAACUGGCUGGAGGGGGAGCACCAUGGCCGGCUGGGCAUCUUCCCUGCUAAUUACGUGGAGGUGCUACCUGCAGAUGAGAUCCCAAAGCCCAUCAAGCCCCCAAGCUACCAGGUGCUGGAGUAUGGAGAAGCUGUGGCCCAGUACAAUUUCAAGGGGGAUCUGGAGGUGGAGCUGUCCUUCCGCAAGGGGGAGCGCAUCGGCCUGAUCCGCAAGGUGAAUGAGAACUGGUACGAGGGCCGCAUCGCUGGCACCGGGCGCCAGGGCAUCUUCCCCGCCAGCUACGUGCAGGUGCACCGCGAGCCCCGGCUCCGCAUCUGUGACGAAGGCCCCCAGCUCCCUGCCUCUCCCCGCCUGAUGGCUGCUCGUCUGGCUCAUCACUCUGGCUCCCCCGUAACGCCGCACAACCCUGUGGAUCCCACCGACUGGGGGAGCCGGACUUCCCCCCGCCGCACCGGCUUCUCCUUCCCCAGCCAGGAGCCCAGAGCCCAGAACCAGGGUCUCAGCACCCCCGGGUCAGCUCUGUCUCAUCCUGGAGGCUCCAGCCAUCCCCUGGACGUGGGGGGGAUGCCCCCCAACAGCACUCAGAUACACUGGACCCCGUACCGGGCGGUGUACCAGUACAGGCCCCAGAAUGAGGACGAGCUGGAGCUGCGGGAGGGGGACCGGGUGGAUGUCAUGCAGCAGUGUGACGAUGGCUGGUUUGUGGGUGUCUCCCGACGGACCCAGAAAUUUGGGACAUUCCCAGGAAAUUAUGUAGCUCCAGUGUGAGUGGUCUCCGUGGCAACUCAGAGCUCAGCCAGAAUGGGGUGGGGAACAGUAGCACUUAUUGGAGGGAGAGAGGAUCCCCCUCCAUCCUCCUUCCCCAAGACCUGAGCUGCUGGCAUCUGCAGACAACCCCAGCAGCCAUUCUUCAGAGCACCCUUCAAAGCCCCCUGGACUGCAUCCUACCCACAGCUCACAAACAUUCCUCCAGCAGCCUUUUUAUUUCCUCCCCUACCCCACUUCCCAAAUAUAGAGGUCUGCUUUGAAGUGGAGACUGUUUCCAGGCCUUAUUGAGACCAGACCCUGGACCCCCUCCCCCUUCCCCGCCCCGCUAUGGCGUUUCCUCUAACAGGGACUGGCUCCCAACUUCACCCCCAUGGGGUUCCUCUACCAAGAACCAGCUUCCUAACCUAACAGAGACCAAAGGCCACCUCUGCCUGGAGGGGAUUCGCCCCCUUACACUCCAGCUUUCCCGCUGCCCCCUUUGCCUUCCUGCUUCCAGCUGGGUUUGGGAGUGAGUUUGGAGAGGAACACAGCCCCUCCUCAGUGCCCGAAGCCUGGCAGGAGGUCUUGCUCAAAGGCCCCCUCUUCCCCAACGCUUCCUGGGCUGUGUGUGUCAUUGCACUGCUGUAAUACCCAGAAGGACUGGGCCUCCCAGGACUGGCCUCCUCCAGGUGUUCUCCCGGUAGACUGAGGCGCACUGCCCUCCUGCCUCCCCAGCUCCUCCAACCCCCAUGUCCCCUCUGGAAGAGAAUGUAAAAUAAAUCUGGAUACCAGGGA